CCGGUGAGGUCCUGAUGGUCCCAUCAAGAGACACCAUGAGUCGCUUAGCUGUUCUCGUUGUUUACCUGCUGGUGCUGCGAGCGAAGCACGCUCGGGGAGACUGUUCCACCACGUGUAGUACGACACUUGCUGGACAAAGCUCCAACUCCCAGACUUCAACCUCCAUCUCCACCGAGUCGACUCUCGUUAAUGUCACUGACUCCAUCACGUCCAACAACACCACCAGCACCGGCUUCAACGCUACGACCAACAACCAACACAACUCAUCUCAAACCCCGAACCCCACCACAGGAACCUCAGUGCUCCAUCCGCUGACCUCCACUGGAACCCUGCCAUCCAGUGAGCCUCCAACCACCACCACCAUCAACACCACCACUAACAUCACCACCACCACAACAACCAACCUCACCACCACUACUGACACCACCAAUACCACCAUCAACACCACCACCACCACCACCAUCAGUUCUUCUAAAAACGGCACCUCUGUGAUUCAGAAUCCUCUUCACAGCAGCACCACGUCCUAUUUCCACAAUCAGGUUCUUGUAGGGUUCCUGCUCUGCCUUGUUCUCAUUUCAGCAACGAUACCAUAAGGUUCCUCCACAGAGACGAGCUGAGGAACCCUCAAUGGUUCUGACUUUUUCUGGACUUUAUUCCUUAAAUAUGUUACACAGAUUACUUCUCAGAUUGUUAUAAAAGUUGAAAUACGACACAAAGCCAUGAGCAAGAAAUGUAGAUGGAAUAAACACAACAUUUCUGUGAACGCCAGAACAGCGAUCUAACGCUAAGAGUCUGAGCACGAUGAGCUUUCUGUGCACGGUUCUUAGAUCAGGGCUGGAGCAAUGACAUGACCUUUUAAUUUAUUUUACCUAUAUUCUCUGUAGCUUUUAUGUCUUGUAUUAUAUACGUCUUGGAUUUUUUUAUUUUAUUUGAUUAGUUACA